UCUGCUCUUCAUCUGCUGCAUAAGACACCGGACAUACCAAUACGCAUGCGCAUUUGUCCCGAGCAGUUCGACCUCUACAUUAGACCGACUUAAAUAAACGCCUGCUGCACUGUUUGACCUGACCCAGACGUCUCGUCGUGAUGUAUGCCUGUGCUAAGUUCGUCUCCACGCCCUCUCUGGUCCGUGCUGGAUCCCGGGCUCUGUGCAGACCACUUUCAGCAGCAGUAGUGUCAGACAGCAGGAAAGCAGAGACUGCUUCACUCCUGGCACCUCUGAGCCUUGCAGCCUCCCAGCAGCAGGUGGCAGUGCGAGGGUUCCAGACCAGUGCUGUAAGCCGUGAUAUUGAUACAGCUGCAAAGUUUAUUGGAGCAGGAGCUGCUACUGUGGGAGUGGCCGGGUCUGGAGCUGGUAUUGGAACUGUGUUCGGCAGCCUUAUUAUCGGAUAUGCCAGGAACCCUUCUCUGAAGCAGCAGCUUUUCUCUUAUGCCAUCCUGGGCUUCGCUCUGUCUGAAGCUAUGGGUCUCUUCUGUCUGAUGGUUGCAUUCCUCAUUCUUUUCGCCAUGUAAAUCGGUUCGGCAUUAGCUGUUCAAGAACACAUUACAAUGGUAACAAGGAUAGCUGUUGAAAACAUCAAAUGUCAGAUCAUGUGUUGGCUAAUCGUUUCAGUGUUUAUAGAAGGGCUGCAAAUCUGGUGAUGUAAGAACCUCGGCUCCAAUCGUUUUGAUGAAAGAUCUGAAACACUGUAUUUAAUUGAAGGUUUUUGUUAGCGAAAUGCAGUCAGUGACAUCAUUAAAACAUUUAACUCGU